AGGCUUGAUGCACGUCAUGGAUCUUUCGAUGCUAUCCCAGCACUACUGCAAGGUACAAACAUGCGACGCCUUACCCUACAGGAAGCUUUUUGGGAUGCCUCCGGUGCGUUGAGAGGUAGAGGUGACUUGAAGAUGGACCCGGGGCCGGCGACAGAGUUACGGGAAGACGGGGUUGUUGCUGCUGCCGCUGAAGCUAGUUCAGUUUUUACA